GCGCUCGUGACAACCACCCACCUACCCACGUGUUCCCAUCGUCAUCGAAGCACUUUGUUUUACUUUCUUCCGACAUCCAUUUCUUUUUUUUUUUCCAACAGUAGUGACAUGGAGCUGUCAUCCCCAGUUGAUGAUUCGGAUAGUAAUGUUGAGCCUGAGCCGAUUCCAGGGCUUAAUGGGGUUCCGGUUAGAUGGUACGACGCGGAUCGCACAGAGCCUUACACGCGGAUCACGCCCUUCCAAGAACGGCACGAUACUACCGUCGAGUUCUUCUACAAACCCAUAACACUCUCGGCUCUCGCCGUAGGCCUCGCGUUGCUCGCGUACGUAGCGACCACGCAGGAUGUCCUCGAAGAGGGGCGGGACAAGCGGCGCGUCGGGGUAUAUGCCUCCAUCCUCUCCUUCCUCAUGUUCUCCAUGAUCCAAUUCCGCGACGGCCCCUUCAUCCGCCCCCACCCCGCCUUCUGGCGGGCCGUCCUCGGGGUGAACCUCCUAUACGAACUUAGCACUCGUCUUCCUCCUCUUCCAGGACUUGGACUCUGCCCGGGGCAUGAUGCGGAUCCUCGAUCCGGCUCUGGGGGUCCCAGCUCCCGGAGAAGAGCUACGCGGAGGAUUGCGCGCUUAGUUGGGCGAGUAUCUGGAACGCACUUGACGUGUUUUGCUGUAGCCCAUACGCUGGGGUGGUUCGGCAAAGCGAUGAUUCUGAGGGAUUAUUGGUUCUGUUGGAUCUUGAGUAUCGCGUUUGAGCUGGCAGAGUAUAGCUUGCAGCACCAACUUGCUAAUUUCGCGGAGUGUUGGUGGGACCAUUGGGUCCUCGACGUACUAAUCUGCAAUUGGAUUGGCACCUAUCUCGGUAUGAAAGUAUGUCAAUAUUUAGAAGUCAAGCCUUACGAAUGGCGCGGCCUACGCCAACACCGGGGCCUCCGCUCCAAGGCUCGACGCGUCCUGAGCCAGUUCUCGCCCCACGACUUUACGGCGUUCAAAUGGGGAACGGCAUCCUCGUUUAUGCAUUAUUUCGUUGUGGUGCUCCUCUUGGCUGUUUUCCUCGCGGCGGAGCUAAACCCGUUUUAUCUCAAGACUCUGCUGUGGAUGGAGCCUGAUCAUCCUAUCGUCAUUAUGAGGUUGGCUUUCGUGUUUUUGUGUGCGCUUCCUGCUGUGAGGGAGCUGUAUCAGUAUAUUAAUGAUCCGAGAAAAGCUGUGAGGAUGGGCCAACACGUCUGGCUCCUCCUAGCGACGAUCCUCACUGAGAUCCUAGUCAUCAGGAAAUGGAGCGUGGGCGUCUUCACGGAGCCUUUCCCGAGAGGAGUGAAAUGGGGCUUGGGUACCGGCGCCGUGCUGUUGGUGCUGUAUCCGGUUGUCCAGUUCGGCAUCCCGAGCGCUAGGAGGUAUAUUCGUAAAGAGAAGAAGAAGAAGCAGCAGGCCAGGGCCAGGGGGAGGGGAAGGGAAAAAGGCACAGUGAACCAAAUGAUGAUUCGAUCUCGCGGACUCGGAUACUGUAUACAACUAUGCUUGUAAUUUAAUAUCUGAAUCGUAUGGUAAUAAUUGAUCUUUGGAGGAGCCACAUCUAGAUUUAGAGCUGGUUGACGCCAUCAGUGCUCUUCGGCCUUUUAUGGCCACCAGAACUCGUGGGGGGACG